GGUUUAUUUUUCAAUUGUUAAAUCUUGAAAUAGAUGGAAAUUAUCAGUAUGUAAAAUGUCAAUGUUAUUUUGUAAUUUAUAUUCCAAGUGCCGAACCCCUUUUUUACCGAUUACAAAAGUUUAUCAAGCAUUUUAUAAGAAUUAUUCGGCAGCAGUAGUACGAUUAAAAAUGAACGAGGCUAUUAUACUACACGAAGAAAGCAAUAACAAGUUUACGAUGUCAUUUCGUUAUAUUAAUCCCGAGUUAAACGUGGACAGACAAUUCAAUUUCGACAGACAGGUGGAUGAUUCCAUAACCAAAUUUAUUCAGAGAAUAAACACCAAUAUUAAUACCUAUAUUAUGAAAAAGUACUGGAAAAAACAGAAAAAGAAGAAUAAGAAUACAAAUGAAAUCUUAGAAGAAAAACAAGUAACCAAUGUAGAACAUAAUAAUGUUAAAUUUGUAAGAAAUCAGUCUAUCCUUGAUGGUAAUCUUACAUGUAAAUCACUUUUGGAAAAUUCAUCAGACAUAAAAUUGGUCAUCUUUGAUACAGAGUAUGUAUUGAAGCAGAAUAUACCUUAUGUAACCAAAAUAGAAUUGCCAGCAAGCAUUUUGGUUGAUUUUCCAAUUUAUCCCUCAAAGUUUGAAGCAAUACACAUAGAUAAAACGAAAUGUAUUUUUAAUUGGUAUAAAAAUGAUGGACUUACGUGGACCCACAUAGGGCAAGGAUAUUUAUAUGUACCUAAUAUGUCUGAUUUAGGAUGCGAAUUAAAAAUAUCAUGUGAGCCAAGAAAUGAGACACAAAGUGGUCCUAUGAUAGAACUUAUAUCAAAGGAUAUUGUACUACCUGGUCCAGGUCCAUGUCCUUUUGAUACCAGACAUGCUUUUACCAGUAAUAAAUUAUCUGGUAAAAGUUUUAGAGUAACAUCUUACAAUAUAUUAGCAAAUAUAUAUUCAGCAACUUCUCUGUCCAAAGAUACUCUGUAUCCCUAUUGUCCAUCUUAUGCUUUAUCUAUGGAUUACAGAAAACUGCUACUUCUCAAAGAAUUAAUGGGAUAUAACACUGACAUUAUAUGUCUGCAAGAAGUAGAUGGUAAAGUUUAUGAGCAUGAUUUGGUACCAGCUUUGAGUGAACUAAAUUAUGAUAGCAUAUUUAAUUUGAAAAAUGAGUUGCAGGAGGGUUUAGCAAUAUUUUACAAUCAAAAAAGGUUUGAUCAAUUGAUCUGUGAUUAUAGUGUUAUCUCUCAAGAUACAAACUUAAAUGAAUUUAAUAACGUUUUGUCACUAAUUCAGAAUGACAAUGUAAAGAAAACAUUCCUGAAUAGGAAUACAAUUAUUCAGGUAGCAGUAUUACGAUCUAAAGAAAACCCAGAAAUCUUAAUCGUUGGAAAUACGCACUUGUACUUUCGACCGCAAGCCGAUCAUAUACGUUUGUUACAAGCGUAUCAUGGCUUAUUGUAUUUACAGACAUUUGCCAAUAAAAUGAAAACGGAGCACCCAGAAUGCAGCGUUAGCAUUUUAUAUUGUGGCGACUUUAACAGUGUGCCACAAAAUGCAGUUUAUCAAUUAAUUACCCAAAAUUAUAUACCAGAAGACCAUGGUGAUUGGAACUCCGAUCCUGAAGAGUAUGUGGAAAAUGUAUCUAUCAAACAUGAUUUAAAUUUCGCUAGUGCUUGUGGUACUCCGGAAUAUACAAAUUAUACAGCUACCUUUUCGGGCUGUCUGGAUUACAUAUUUUAUCAAACAAAUAAUUUGCAAGUUGAACAAGUUAUACCGAUGCCCAGUGAAGAAGAACUUAGAGCGCAUACAGGACUUCCAUCAGUAGUAUUUCCAAGUGAUCAUAUAUCAUUGUGCGUUGAUUUAAAAUGGUCGAAAUAAAUG